AUGUUGCAAAAGUAUGUAAAUGUAACACAAGUAUCAGAAGUGAUACCUAAUAAACUCUACGCAUGCGUAGUGACCAGUCUGGUGUUGGUUGAGUCCACCCUGCCUCGAGGGUGUGUCCCUCUCCAGCAACAUCCGUUUUCACAAUCCAACCCUGGAGAUGUCUUUGGAACGUCCAGUGAAAUCGGCAACAAGGCUAGGCCAACUAAGAUGGGAAAUCUACGUUCUAAAGGAGCCAUUCCCACUGGCCAUUUCAUGACCAACGUCAUCAAAGAUCAUCCGGUACCACUUCGACUGUUUCCGUAUGAAGCGACCAUGGACAACAAUGGUAUGACUUACGAUGCCUAUACUAUGGAACGAUGGUAUGAUCCCAGACGAACAGACACAAUGCAGCAACAGUCGGCCUGGCAAAGCGGAGAACCAUGGAACAAAAUUAUGAGCCUUGGAACCAAUUUAAAACAGACGACAUCCGGUCCUGACGGAAAUCGUUACGGAACCUUUUCAGGAAAAUCUGGUGUACGUGUGGGUAUAGCCGGAAGUGGAGAACCGACUAUAACAGACAUAGGCGAUCUUCAUGCCAACGUUUUGUAUUCCGGAAACGGCGGAUCAAUGGAAGUACCCAUUGUUCGAGGUGCAGCUCUUCUUACUCAUCUUUUCAACAACGCCAACCCAAUCAUCAAACCGUUCUGUCUGAGUAGCAUCAAUGGGCAAUCGAUGCAUUUUAACUGCCCGAAAGAAAAUUCAAUGGCAGAUGCUGGAAGUGGUCAUAUCUCCGCAAGCUGCAGUGGCGGAACAUUGCGCAUUAUGCUGGACAACUCUAAACCAAUUACAGAUAUGAAUAAGAUUCAAUGGGCGGCAGGCAGCAGGGAUCAAUGGGGACAUGUCCAUACCAUGCGGAAUUGUGAUGCCACUAAAUGUCGCCUCAGUAGCGACUUUCGUCACCUAGAAGUUGACGUUCCUAAUGCUUCGGGCAGAAUGGCAUUCGCCAUAAACUACAUUGGUCAUUAUAUUUUGCCAUGGAAUUGGGUUGACCAUCCCGAAGAGGUCACGUGUACGGGACGACGGGAAACUACAAAUGUAACCAAUGACGAUGCACACCAAAACAAGAGAGCAGCCAUAUCCGAAAUACAGCUAACUGCAUCAUGCAACCAAAACCACGAUGUAGAAAUACGGGUAGAUCUCGGCCAUCACGAUUUACCUGGAAUAGCCCGUGUCCAGUGGGCUCUGGAGAACUACGACGAAUGGAUAGGAUGUCCUUCCCAUUGUGUAACUAUGCAUACAUGUACAUACGACAAAUGUACUAGGAAAGGACAAUAUGUCUUUAUUAGGACACACAUGUCUGGAAAUCGACUCAAAAUGGCUGUGAACGUGAUAGGACGGACCGUAUUACCGUAUCUACAUUGGAUGGAGGAACCAUAUGAAUUAACUUGCGGGGGGCCAAGUAUUAAUAGUCUUACCUACAUCCAGGGAGCUGGACCAGUGACCAACCCACCAACACAUGCCCCAGUUACUAAACCAUCAACCUUCUCCCCACCAGUCACAAACGCACCAACUCAACCUCUUCCCGUCACUGCAAAACCGACACAUGCCACACAAAAGCCAACAAACUCCCAUGGCACAAACAGUCAUGUCAGUAUUCAACCAGGAACAAAAUUUAUCAUGGAGCUCAAUGAACCAGGCGACGAACUCCCCAACCAAACAAGAAAAUUCAUGCUAUAUUUCAGUAAAGCUGUCACCAUGAACAUAAACAACGGGGAGGAUUCAAUCACGUUCUUUCCACAAUCCGGCGGAACCUAUUCUGGUCUUAUGCAAUUGGCUUAUCUAGGAGCUGGACCCAGAGGAGACCACUCUAAUGAUAAUUUCCUCGACAAUAAUCUUGGUUUAUACUCCUAUAAGCCUAUCGCAUCAUAUUGUGCUUAUGAUUCGACGAAUAAAGCUUAUGUAAAUUUCGAUUGGAGAGUCAACAAUCAAUUUGCUGCGUCUUCGUCGGGGCAACUGCUCAUGGUUACAAUGCCUCAUCAUGUAUGUACUAUACACAAAUUCAGCGAUAACAUAAAAGAAACGGUCUACGGAUUCAAAGGGUACGAGGGAUCAGAGUGGCUACUAGAGAUGAACCUGCCACGUGCGUCAAUGGAACCUGAUGAAGCUGCGGUCACCAAUAUCAAACAAAAUAACAAACAACUCAGCGAAAUUUUGACAGCUAUUGCACGUGACGCUUCUGACCAUAACAUUAAUACUAUAUGCAGUCAGUGGGACAGUUACGGCCUAGGGAAAGCUAUAGCAAUGUCGGCCAGAUUGGCUAGCAUUUCUAGAGCAUUUGGAACUGAACAUUAUGAAGAUAUAGACACUCAAAUCAAGAAUUGUCUGGAAAAAUGGCUUCGAGUUCAAGAUACCCUGCAGGACAUGUGGAAAUUCCGUUAUGACACUGUAUGGGGCGGACUUUUCCUACGAGCCACAAAUAACGCUGAUGUCGGUUACGGAUACGACUUUGGUUUCCCUUAUUAUAACGACCACCACUUCCACUUAGGGUACCUUCUAUAUGCCAUCGCCUAUUACGUCAAACACCAUCAAGACUGGGGACAGCAACACAAGGAGCGUGUGUAUGCUCUUGCAAGAGAUGUUGGUAACCCAAGUUAUUUGGACACGCAUUUCCCUGUAGUCCGUCAUAAGGACGCUUAUAUGGGAUUCUCCUGGGCUACUGGCGUGGUUCCAGGACAACGACAAGAGGAGUCUUCCUCAGAGGCAUUGAACUGUUAUCAUGGUCUCGCAGCCUUGGGGGAAGCUUACAAUGACGACAUAGUGAAGAAGACUGGACAGGUGACACUUGCCAUGGAAAUUGAAUCCGUGAAAGAAUACUUUCAAGUGCGUAAUCACAACGAGGCUCACUUUCCACCAACCAUCAGAGGGUACGGAGCGGUAGGACAGAUUGCUGAGGAUAACUUCUAUGUUUACACACUAAACUGGCCAUGCGCACCCAAUGUCUUCCCCAUGAGACAUGCGUGUCUUAUUGGCAUACAAAUAAUACCAAUUACGGCCGCUUCAAAGUACUGGAUGGAUCGGGAUUGGGCUUCUCAUAUCAAAAACUCGUGUACUCAAGCCAUCCAUCCUGAGACCGCACCCGACUAUAUUUUAACUGAUCCUGCGGAUAUGCAAAAACUCAACUCGGGUUGGGCGGCGUUCUGUUAUGCUGGCAUGGCUCCGUAUGAUGACGCUCAUAUGCAAAUGGCAGCUGACUAUGUGAAGAACAAAAGCCCGCGAGAGUUGGUUGGAGGGACAGGGGCUGCCAGUACUUUGCUAUUUAUAUAUGGACGUACAUAG